AUGUCAGUAGCCUCGAGGAAAGGCCGGUCCGUUAUCGAGGCUGCCCAUCAUUUCAACGGGCCCAAUUCACGGCUCCUGAACAUCGAACGAGAAGACGCUGCGCGAUUUGGCCAUUCUCUCUCUCUCUCUCUAUGGACUGAACUGUUGAAGCUGGCUCCGUUCUUCUUGGAGCUUCAUCUCCGGCGAUUCGAGCUCCUCGAUCUCCCGAAGCGAUUCGCCGCGAACAGGAAGCAGAAAGCAACCGUCCCCGCUCGCCUCGCGCUCGUUUCGCGGCUUGGCUCGCAAUCGGAUCGGCCUUCGUUCGGCAUCGCCUUCGACAUCGACGGCGUGGUCCUCCUCGGUCACACUCCCAUCGGCGGUUCUCCUCGCGCGCUCAGGAGAUUGUACGACGAUUCUGGAAAUUUGAAGAUACCUUUCGUGUUCUUAACAAAUGGAGGUGGCUUUUCUGAAUCCAAAAGAGCCCAGGACUUAGGUCAACUAGUAGGAGUCAACAUUUUACCUUCACAGGUCAUACAGGGCCACACACCUUUUAAACAACUGGUAAAUAGAUUUGAGAACGAACUUGUCGUUGCUGUUGGCAAAGGAGAACCUGCUGCUGUGAUGUCCGAAUAUGGAUACAAAAAUGUUCUGUCAGUUGAUGAGUACACUAGCUACUUUGAUGCCAUUGAUCCACUGGCACCAUACAAGAGAUGGACAACAAAAGCAGACAUUGACCAGAAUAGCAGUUCUAAUGAGAUGGCGAAGAGAAAAAUUGCUGUGCAAACACAGAGAGUUCAGGCAGCAUUUGUAGUCAGUGAUUCUGUUGACUGGAGCAGAGAUAUUCAGGUUGUGACCACUCUAAUGGAUCUUGUCCUUUCUUAGAUUAUAUAAUUCAGCUUUUGAGUCCAUACUGGGAUUUUAGUCACACGAAUUCUAAAUCUUUGAACUGAUUAUCAAAAGACACUAGGCUUUGUUUUUUUUGUUCAGUAAAUACUCUGCAACUUUAGUCAUCAUCUUUUUAGAAGUCUAGUGGGCACUGAAAUAAAGUUUGAAAGAAGUGAUAAAAUGGAGUGUUAUCAUC